CGAAUGCGGCUGGCAGAUCUUUCGUUCGUUUGCGUGUGAGCUUUGCGUGUGAGGCCGUCAGCACACCCACUUUGCGCGUCAGCCGCUUUCCCCGAUCAUCUGCCGCGAUGUCUUUCCGUCCGUUCCAGACGUUCAGGCGCCAGACCUUCCGUCCGGGCGUGCUUCGCUCAGAGCGGCAGAUCGCAGCAGCGAACAUAGUUUUCUCGAUCUUUAAGGUUCACAGAGAGAGAGAGAGCAUACAACCAUAGCUUGUAUGUGGAUCCAGCUUCUCUGUGUCUGUGUGAUACAGGCUGACCGUGCAGAGGAGGAAAUAGAAGAGGAGCUCUCAAGGAAGCGGCGGCGAAAGGGGCUGCGGAAAUACCUGCCCUUCCUACCAGAGGUGCAGGCCGGCGAGUCGCGGUAUCUGUCCAUCCUCCUAUUGGAGGUCUUCGCAAGUGGCUUCAGUCGCGCGGUGUUCUUCAAGGUGCUACAGAAGGCCUGUGGAUACGACGACGCCGUGUUUCUGCUGCUUAUCGGGAUGUCCCUGCCCUUUUUGAAGGCAUUUUCUCAUGUGUUCAGCAUUCUCACCUGCCCAAAGCUGACGGCUAUUGCCUCAAAUGCAAUGCUCGUAGUGGCGCUUGUCUUCAUCACGGCGUUUGCGGCCGUCCAGGGGUCGUCUCCUGUGGACCGGUUCGUCUUCACUCUGCUCAUAUGGCCGUGGUUUGUGGUGCUUGACGCGAUUGCGCGGCUGUACAUAGGCCGAGACAAGAAGGCCCUGCCCUUCAAGAUCUUCCACCUGCCUCUAUUCGCCAUCAUCGGCGUGACAGCCGAGAUUCUGUCCUUGUUCGCCCUGCCGGCUCUCACAGUGACCCAAUAUGUUGCCCUGCACUGCCUGGAGCUGCCCCUGGGCGCGAUCUUGACCCGAAUCGUGUUUCGCCGAACGAACCAGUCGAGACACACGCUGCUUCUCGUGGGCAUCACUGUCAUGGUGGUCAUGUGUCUGGCGAGUGACGAGCUUGUCAAGGAGAUGAUCAGUCGCGGCAAAGGGCCGCAGCUUAGUGCUCAAGUGGAGCAGGUGGCGACUACCACAGGACCCCCCGGGGCGCCAAUCUACGUGUAUCCAGACGAGGAGCGGCCAAAGGCUGCCACGGCGUCUCUCUCACACGAGUGGCAGCGGGGCCAGGCCGCCUUUCUGUCGGUGAGCUUCAUGCAGGCGUGUAUACUGGUGGUGGUGAGCCGGGUGCUGCUGCUGGUGCGCAAUUACUACGUCAAGCACCGGCUGAUGAAGGUCAACAAGGCCAUCAAGCUUCCCCCGCCUCCCCUUCCUGACAGGCUCUUCCAUCCGUAUGCGAAACAAGAGGCCUGGGCCAAGAAAGAAGGAGAGGACGGCAGCGAUGAUGAUGAGCAGGGGGAUGACAUUGUUGAUGAGAAAGAGACAUAUGAGAGGACGGGCGAGCGGCUGCCUGACGUGAGGUCGUCCCUUCCACCAAAGUACCGUUUCUCUGGCUUUCCCGAGCCGAUGCAGCGGUCCAUCGAGAUCCUCUUCAGCACCUGUUUCUAUGAGUCGGCGCUCCACACUCUGGGCAGGAAGGGCACACGAGACCUCCACUUCCUUUCCGACUUCCUCUAUGGCUUGCCACUGGUCGCCUUCUGGACGAGGCAGGAUCGUGUGAGAGGAGAGAGGGGCGCAGAGGGGCUUCUAGACCAGCUGGGCCCCUCAUCUGUGGGGAGGGGGGUGCUGAUUGGCCUGCUGGUGGGCCUCUUCUCUCUCUCACUCACUGCUCUGCCGUGGGCGAACGCCGCGGUGCUGUUUGACCGAGCGAGUCCGCCCUCUUCGUGGCCGGUGCGUGUGGUGUUUGUAAUGGCGCCCUGUGUGCUCGUCGACACGCUGUACAUCCACCCACAGCCAUCCUCACUGGGCCUCGCUCUGGUGGCUGUGCUGCUGAUGCUGGUGGUGAGCUAUCGGCAGAAGGUUUACGAGGAAUAUCACAGGCAGGUACUGUACGCACAGAUGUAUAUAUGCCGCAGAAAUGGAGACGCACCUUCAUCUCUGUGGCCCUGUGCAUGUCUGCAGGAACUGUUGCAGCUAACGAACGAGGCCAUUCGUCUGAGCCCCGCAACGAUGCGCACGCCGCAGAAACGAGUGCUGGGCCAGAUCUGGGACAACACCUCCACGGCCGACUACGAGUGGCACCUCAUCAACACCCUCAUACACAAGGGCCAGAACAUCAGGAACCUCGUCGAGGCUGUGAGGAAGCAGAUGGGUGCGAGCGGCGGGGCGAGUGCGAUCAUCGACCCCUCGCCCGCGGCCACGGCUGCCUGGCGGCUGGCGGCGUCGCUCGUCAUGCGGGCCGUCAGGAAGCAAAAACGGGAGAGAGAAAAGGUAGGUACAAUGAAUGGGAAAGGAAAGGCAGAGAGAGAGACACAACCACUUUCUGUCGCUGUGUGUGCGUAGGAGGUGAGGAUACAGUUUGAGGUUUACUCUGACAUCCAGCAGAUGGUGCACAAACUAGUCGACCGUGCUGUCGACGAAGCAGGUGCGAUACACAUGUAUGUGCACAUGCGCCUCCCUCCCUUGCCCCUUUCCAUUCCAUUCUUUUCUCUCUCUCCUCUCCGGUCAUCGCGAUCAAUGUAUGUCAUCCAUCAGAGUUCCGCGGUCCCCAGAUGCAGAUAGCCCUUCACUUCUGCCUCAUGAACGACCAAAGACGCGGAAUCAGGUGUGUGUAUUGACCUCACACGUACAGACACAUACCUGGACACAUGAGCGUGAUAUGUAUGUCACACACACAAUAUUGCUUUGCAGGCGUCUGCGGGCGUAUGUGCAGGCGAGGAAACACCGACGCUCCCUUGCCCAGCUCUACACGCCCAACGUCAAUUCACAGGCGACGAAGGGGGGCAUCUUUAGACACAUCGCCGAACGAGUCACCAAACAACAGCAGCUGCGCCCGCCCCCUCUCCCCCUCCCACCCACCACACCCAGCACCCAACACUUCCUGCGCAACAUCCUCUCCGCAUGGGGCGGCGGAGGGGGAGGGGGCGAUGCCUAUGUGCACGACCGUUCCCCAAUGGCGCUGUCCCAGAUCGAAGAAGGCACACCGAGUGUGUCCUCUCCCCCAUCAAGGGGCGUCACCGGCCUGCUGGCCCGCCAGUUCGCCACCUAUGAGGGUGUCCGCAGUCGGAGGGGCAGCGUGGCUUUGGGUGCGGGUGUGCCGCCCCCACCGGCGCCUGUGAGGGGGUGGGGCACCAUGGAGGCCGCCGCCAAGCAGAUGGCCGCCAAACAGGCAGAAGAAAGACUCGACGAUGUGGUCAGUAAGCGACGCUGACUGAGGCAGGAUGGUGUGUGGUCAAGAGGGUAUGCUCUGUGUGCUGUAGGUAUUUGCCUUCGGUGAGAGUUCUCGCGGGCAGCUGGGUGUGACCCAGCGGAUGGUGGACGCCUCGGUGGUCGUAUCCGUCACCGACCUGCGCCGCCACUCGCUGCUCGGCGUCGCUGCCGGCGGAUGCACGUCCUUCGCCGUCACAACCGACGGGAGAGUCUAUGCAUUCGGAACAAAUCGGUACCUUCACCCCUCCCACCUUCAUGAACCCCCAUUCACCCAACCAUGUGUGUGCAGUGGGUUGCAGCUGGGUCUGCGGAGGGACCAGCGCGGCUCAUCCGAGCCCAUGCGCAUCAAGCUUCUGCGGGACUACACCAUCGUGCAGAUAGCCUGCGGCCCCUCCCCCGUAAACAGCCACACCCUCGCCCUGACGGCCGAGGGGCUGCUGCUCUCAUUCGGCACAUCACCCAAGGGCGCGCUAGGUCUGGGUGCGGACGUGGUUGAGGCGCUGCCCACUGCUGUGCCGCUGAGCAGGGGGGUGCCCAUAAGGCAGAUCGCCGCUGGGGCGAGGCAUAGCGUGCUGUGCACUGAUCAGGGGUUUGUCUAUACCAUGGGGGACGGCAAGAACGGACAGCUGGGUACGGCUUUUUCGCGGACUGUGUUAGCUGUGGGGAGGCGCAUGUCUGUGUGUGUGUGUGUGUGUGUGUAGGUUUGGGUGAUUUUGACAAUCGGUGGAUUCCUACGCGUAUUGAGGUGUUGACAGGGGAGGGGGAGACGGCAUGUCUCGUGGCGGCGGGCGACGACCACACUCUAAUCGCAUGCACCAGCGGCAAUAGUGAGUGCAUCAGACACACAGAUAGAGAGAUGGACUUCUGAGUGUGAUACACAUAGGUGGGUCUUUCUUGUGUGUCUUGUGUGUGCAGUAUACUCGUUUGGCCUUGGUUCGUCCGGCCAGCUGGGCCUGGGCAAGGUGCUGAGCCAAAGCACCCCUCAACGAAUCGACAAAAUCCGCGGGACACCGGUCGGUAACCAACAAGAGACAUAGACACAUCGCUGCCAGACACCCACAAGCAUGUAUGUAUGUAUGUAUGCAGGUGUCGAUGGCCGGGGGCUCCCACCACUCUCUCGUCGUUAUCCGCCCAACAUCACCCUCACCCCAGCCGCCAUCGCCCGCCUCCCCAUUCGGCCUUGCUCCAGAAGGCGACAGCCCCCUCCCCCCCUCUCCCCCAGGGGUGUCCAAGGCGCCCACACGCACUUAUGGGUUCGGUGCCAACUCGCAGGGCCAGCUGGGUCUCGGCCGGUCGUCAGAAAGCCGGUUAGUGCCGGUGCUGCUGCCCUUUGCCGUGACGGAGAGCAUGACGCAGGUGGUGGCUGCGUCGGCCCACUCGCUCUUCCUCAACGAGAUGGGGCAGAUCUUUGCAUGCGGCGCCAAUGAGUGGGGCCAGCUGGGGUUCCUCAGACCCGGCUCGCCGCUGCUGCCAAAGCUCUACGCGACCGCCAGCAAAGACAAGGUCUACACGCGAGACAGAGAAAGACAGAGAGAGACAUAGGCAUGCAUCGUGGGUGUUUGGAUGUGUGUGGCGUGCAGCCUGUGGGUGCAUUGGGGAUGCCAUUGGGUGUGGGGGAUGCGUCGCGGGUGCAGGGGAGGGCGAGCGGGCACGGUGAGCGGGCCAUCUAUGAGCCGCUGGUGGUCAGCAGCCUGUCCUUUAUCCAUGCCAAGUUCCUGGCCACUGCUGACUCGCACACACUGUGUCUCGGCAUGUGAACUGAACUGAGCUGAGAUGGGGGUGUGCUGGAUGGAUGGAUACAUGGACACAUUCGCG